GUCCAACCAAAACAUCACUUACAGAUAUAUUAUGAGCACAAAAAUGUGUAUCUAUACUUUCAAGUUGAAUGUAUUCCCGGAUAACACAUUGCUCAAUCUGUAUGAUAUUGUUAUUGGCGGAUUUCACUGGAUUUCAGAAUGAGGAGGCCCCAACUAACACCGACGACGAGGGUUUGAAAAGUGGCGAUCCGAACUUCAGCCGAAAAAUCAAUCUGAUUCCGAUGAGGAAUAGUCCUUUGUUUCUCUUAAUUAAGCGAAAAAAACUUAUGUCGAUUGUGUGAAAUGGAUUGAAUGAUUGCUUCCCUCGAUUUGAGAGGAAUUCAAAGAGGAAAAAAACUUUGUUUUAAGAAUCAAUAAUACAUCGAAUCUCAGGAGGAGUUUGGAAUAAUGUUUCGUUCCAGAUUUUGACCCUUGUCUAAGCUGCUGGCACAAUUCUUUUCUAAAUUUGUUAUUAGAAAAAAACAAAAUUUAGUUCGGAAGUCUGUAAAAUAAGUGAAGUCUUGUAACUCAUCAUUAAGCGAUGAACUCUGUACGCUUGAUGUACAGGCGUAUCCAAUGCGCAUCCCAGGCCAAGGGACAGCGACGGCAAUACGCCGAGAAAUGCGACUCGGUUAUUAAGGGCGUUGUGGUGGGCGUGUACGCCAAGGAGGGCGACCGCCAGCCCAAGAUGACACCAUCCGGCGAGAAGUUUGACGAUCGCGUGCAGGGCAAGAUCUCGGAUCUCAUACGCGAGACUGGAAUAAAAGGCCAGCUGGGAAAAGGCCGAGUCUUCAUGAACGUGGAUGCGGAGUUCCGUGCGGUGGCCGUGGUCGGCGUGGGACAGGAGGGUGCUGGCUUCAACGACCUGGAGAUGAUCGACGAGGGAAUGGAAAACGUUCGCGUCGCUGCCGGCGUGGGUGCUCGUGCCCUUCAACUGCAGGGCUGCACAGAUGUCUUCGUUGACUCGAUGGAGUAUCCGGAGCAGGCGGCCGAGGGGAGCUCUUUGGCCGUCUGGCGCUAUCAUACUAACCGGCGCCUACCGACCCGCACACACAUUCCCAAAUUGGAGUUGUACGACUCUCCCGACUCGGAUGCCUGGCUGCGUGGCCUGUUUAAGGCCGAAUCGCAGAACCUGGCACGUCGCCUGUCCGAUACGCCGGCCAAUCAGAUGACGCCCUCAAUAUUUGCCCAGUCAGCGGUGGAUGCCCUGUGUCCCUGCGGGGUAUCCGUGGAGGUACGUGGCAUGGACUGGAUUGAGUCCAAGAGCUUGAACAGCUUCUUGAUGGUGGCCAAGGGCAGCUGCGAGGCGCCGAUCGUCUUGGAGAUCGCCUACUGCGGCACCGCACCCAAGGACAAGCCAAUCCUCCUGCUGGGCAAGGGUUUGACGUUCAACAGCGGUGGCCUCUACCUCCGUCCCAAGGACUGUUUGUCCAUGUACCGCGGCUGCAUGGCCGGUGCAGCAGCCUGCGUCGGUGUCAUCCGUGCCGCCGCCGCCCUGUCGCUGCCCAUAAACAUUACGGCACUGCUGCCAUUGUGCGAGAACAUGUCCUCUGGAAUGGCGGCCAAGCCUGGCGACGUAGUGACCCUUCUCAAUGGCAAGUCGCUCGGCUUCGUGGACGUCAGCAAGGCUGGUGUGGUGGCAAUGGCCGAUCCCUUGCUCUACGCUCAGGCUGCAUACAAGCCGUUCAUGGUUGUGGACGUUGCAACAGUUGGCUAUGCCGUCUGCCCAGCGCUGGGAGGAUCAGCCGCGGGGUUUUUUAGUAACUCCAAUUUUCUAUACAAGCAGUUCGAGAAGGCCGGUGCCCUUACGGGGGAUCGCAUUUGGCGGCUUCCCCUGUGGCGCUACUUUAAGGAACUGAUCAUGCCGAACGAGACUUUCGACAUCAGCAACCGCGGACGGGGUCCCGCCUCCAGCUGCAUCGCUGCCGCCGUUCUGCACGAGCUGGUCCCUUGCGUCGAUUGGGCCCACCUGGACAUUCGCAAUGUGGGCAUGCUGACGCGCUACAACCCGCUGCCGUAUCUGCUGAAAGACUGCAUGACUGGCCGACCCACACGCACCAUCGUUCAGUUCCUGUAUCAGAUUGCUUGCCCAGACAGAAAGUAAUCUGAUUUACAUAGUUCGUUACCUAGUUUCUUUGUUAAUGUUCCUCGUUCCAAAUUUGUUUUGUACUGAAGUCACCGAUAUUUUUACACAAAUUGCCAAGAGGGGACACGCCCAGAGGUUACACUACACAAGCACACAAGACAUCCACAAUUUUAUUGUUUAAUUUUAAUCCAGAAUAGCUUUAAGGAAGAAAAGACCAUGCUUUGCGAAGAAAAUCUCCAUAUUAUUAUGCACAUGCUUCUGCUGUAGCCUUACAAAUUGUUGGGGAGAGGAGUCUGUCUUGUCGUGGCAGCUCAUAACUGGCGAGAAAAAAAGGAGCAGAGGAUGGUUCAGCUUACUAGAAUCGUGCUUAAACUACUUUUCGCAGGAUCCACACAGAUUCUGCACUUGACGAUCAGAUUAAUGAUUGAAGAAUGUGGCAGUCUCUUUACUCAUAGUAAUUUAAUCAAAAGGAACGCUCACUUUUUUACCUUUUUUGAGAUUCAAUAAUUAUUUGUUCACGAUUUAAUGAGAUUUUGAAGUAGAAGCUUAACUAACUGAAAUUAUUUGGAAGUAUGAGAGGAGAGUCUUAAUUAGUCUUAAUGAGCUUUUUCUCUCAAGUCCAGGUCCAGAUGAAUACAAAUUCCUAGAUGCCUUCCAAAGAGAAUUAGAGAGAGGCUUUGACUCGACUUGAAUAAGCUUGAGGCAUGAUGACAUUAUACAAGGUGGUCCGCAACCGCAAGGCGCUCUAAUUUCGGGUCUUGUUUUGCUCAGAACAACAGCAAACUUCGUUCUUCCCUCUCUCUGAGCUUAAAAUAAGACCCGAAAAGAGAGUUUGCAGACCAACUUAUGUAUAUAACUUCAUUAUGGCUUGAAGCUUGAAAAUGACAUUCUUAAUGAUCUUUCUCUAUCUCGUCCAGUUCUCUCUUAGAGAUUGCGCUCCGAAGAGAUUUAAUUGUAGUCUUGUGCUCUCUGAAGAUAUUGAAAAACGUGCACAUCCUGGAUUUGCAUCAUACAUAAAUGUAGUUUUAAUUGAUUUUUAUUUAAAUUAAUGUACAAACUAAUUAUGUAAAAAUUUAAACAUGAUCAUUAAUACGCAUUUCUAUGGUUACUCUUUUGUUUUUUCUUGUUUUUUGUUUCUUUUUUCUUCUUGUGUAUCUGUAUUUUGUAUCUCUGUGUGUGUGUGUUUUGGGAUAAUUGCGUUUUAGUUCUAUUUCUCACACACAUGACAUGACAUGACAUGAACUGAACUCCAAA